AUGACGGAUGACCUAGUUAAUGAGUAUGCGCCUGCAUUUGCGCCCUUCUUCGGGUUUGCAGGGUGCGCCGCUGCGAUGAUUCUAUCUUCUUUGGGGGCAGCUAUUGGAACGGCCAAGUCCGGUAUCGGGAUUUCCGGUAUCGGUACGUUCAGGCCCGAACUCAUCAUGAAGUCGCUGAUUCCUGUGGUGAUGAGCGGUAUUCUGGCAGUGUACGGUCUGGUGGUGGCGGUGUUGGUCGCGGGAGGCCUUUCGCCGACAGAAGAAUAUACACUUUUCAACGGUUUCAUGCAUUUGGCGGCCGGGCUCUGCGUCGGGUUUGCCUGUCUCAGCAGCGGCUACGCCAUCGGAAUUGUGGGCGACGUGGGCGUCCGCAAGUUCAUGCACCAGCCGCGGCUGUUCGUGGGCAUUGUUUUGAUUUUGAUUUUUGCAGAGGUCUUGGGCUUGUACGGGAUGAUCAUCGCCCUUAUCCUGAACACCAGGGGCUCUGGCAACUGA